AUGGAAGGAUUUGGACCACAACGGCCAAUUUGGCGCCUCAUUUCUGACCAUUCCCAAGGGUCAAGAUUGCUGAAACUUCGUAGACUAAGCACCGGGUCGAUUGCCAUUCUAGCGGCCGACUAUGGUUCUUCCGAGGUCUUCUCUCUCUAUCUAUUGCUACGUAUAUUUGAAAGCUGGAAUCUGCCAACUUUUCCUCACAUCAUCAAGCUCGAACGUCACAUCUUUCUUAAACCAACAUCUAAGAAAUGA